CGUGGUUCAACACAAUUUCUCAAUCGCCAGCUGUAGUUUGAGGCGGAGGGAGGCCGGCGCACUGUACCAAUGCCUCGCAAGGCCAUCGACUCGCGCAUACCAGCGCUCAUACGCAAUGGAAUCCAGGAAAAGAAGCGCAGUUUCAUUGUCGUCGUUGGUGACCGAGCCAAGGAUGUUAUCGUACAUCUACACUACAUUAUGUCCUCGGUGGACGUCAAGCAGAACAAGUCUGUGCUGUGGGCUUACAAGAAAGAUCUCCUAGGGUUCACUAGUCACCGAAAAAAGCGAGAGGCAAAGAUCAAGAAGGAAGUCAAGCGAGGCAUUCGAGACGCCAACACAGAAGAUCCCUUUGAACUCUUCGUCACCCUGCACAACAUCCGAUAUGUCUAUUACAAAGAGACGGACAAGAUUCUGGGAAAUACAUAUGGCAUGUGUAUCUUGCAGGAUUUCGAGGCCAUCACACCAAACCUCCUUGCCCGCACGAUCGAGACCGUCGAAGGCGGAGGGCUGGUGCUGCUCCUCCUCAAGGGUAUGAAGAGCUUGAAACAACUCUACACAAUGUCUAUGGAUGUCCACUCCAGAUACCGGACCGAAGCCCACGACGAUGUCGUUGCAAGAUUUAAUGAGCGGUUCAUUCUUUCACUAGGUGCAUGCGAUUCCUGCUUGGUGGUUGACGAUGAGCUGAAUGUACUACCCAUUUCUGGUGGGAAGAACGUCCAAGCUCUGCCACCGCCAGCCUCUGCAGACGAAAGCACUCUGCCAAACAAGAAAGAGUUGAAGGAAAUCAAGGAUAGCUUGGCUGACAGCCAGCCGGUUGGCUCUCUCGUCACUCUAGCAAAGACUGUUGAUCAGGCCAAAGCACUUCUCACCUUUGUGGAUGCCAUAUCAGAGAAGACGCUGCGCAGCACGGUAACUCUGACGGCUGCUCGAGGAAGAGGUAAAUCCGCGGCACUGGGCGUUGCUGUAGCUGCAGCAAUCGCUCACGGUUACAGUAACAUCUUCAUCACAUCGCCCAGCCCCGAAAACCUGAAAACUCUUUUCGAAUUCGUGAUCAAAGGGUUUGACGCUCUCGAAUACAUGGACCAUGUCGACUACACUAUUUUGCAGUCGACAAAUCCAGAGUACAACAAGGCGAUUGUCCGGAUCAAUGUCCACAGACAGCACCGGCAAACAAUACAGUACAUCCAACCGCAAGACGCGCACGUCCUCGGACAGGCUGAGCUAGUUGUUAUCGAUGAGGCAGCUGCCAUACCACUUCCUCUCGUGAGAAAGCUGAUGGGACCUUACCUUGUAUUCAUGGCUUCAACGAUAAAUGGCUACGAAGGGACCGGCCGCUCACUUUCGCUUAAACUCAUCCAGCAACUCCGUGAACAAUCCAGAGGCGGCGUGGUCAACGGUGGCGACCUCGAAGUCGCCGACAAAUCCACGGGAAAAGCGUCCAAAGACGGACAAAAGGUCUACACGGGCGGUCGAUCAUUGAGAGAAAUCACUCUCUCUGAACCCAUCCGAUAUGCCCCAGGCGACGGUGUCGAAAAAUGGCUCAACCGCCUCCUUUGUCUCGACGCAACCCUCCCCAAAUCCAAAAUGAAUACCCAGGGCACACCACACCCUUCAACGUGCGAGCUCGUCCACGUCAACCGCGACACCCUCUUCUCCUUCCACCCGGUCUCCGAAAAGUUCCUCCAACAGAUGAUGGCACUGUACGUCGCCUCACAUUAUAAAAACUCCCCCAACGAUUUACAACUCAUGUCCGACGCCCCGGCGCACCAACUCUUCGUCCUCAUACCUCCUAUCCCCGAAGACGCCAACAAACUCCCCGAACCCCUGUGCGUCUUGCAAGUCGCGCUCGAAGGCCGGAUCAGCAAGAGCUCCGUCCUCAACUCCCUGUCCCGCGGUCAACGUGCCGGAGGCGACCUGAUACCUUGGCUGGUGAGCCAACAAUUUCAAGACUCCGAAUUUGCCGGGCUCUCAGGGAGCCGCGUGGUCCGCAUCGCCACGAACCCCGAGUAUCUGAGCAUGGGCUACGGCUCACGCGCCCUGGAGCUCCUGGCAGAUUUCUACGAGGGCAAGAUCACUUCACUCUCCGAAAAUGACUCGAUCCAAGACGCAGAACAGGUGCCUCGCGUCACCGACGCCGAACUCGAAUCCUCCAACCUUCUCGACGACAACAUCCGCGUCCGCGACAUCCAUCAGAUGCCCCCUCUGUUCUCCAAACUCUCUGAACGCCGCCCCGAUGCACUGGACUACCUCGGCGUCUCAUUUGGAUUGACCCAGCCGCUCCACAAAUUCUGGAAACGCGCCUCCUUCGCACCCGUAUACCUGCGCCAAACACCCAACGACCUGACCGGCGAGCACUCGUGCGUCAUGUUGCGGCCGCUCUCGACGGCGACGAGCACAGACUCUUCCUGGCUAGCCGCCUACGCCCAGGACUUCCACAAACGCUUCCUCACGCUGUUGUCGUACCAGUUCCGCACUUUCGCGUCUGUUCAGGCUCUCAGCAUAUCGGAAUCCGCGUCGCGGGCGACGACGAGCUCCUCAUCCCAGGCCAGUGGAAUAACGCCGUUGACCAAGUCCGACCUCGACUCUCUAUUUUCACCCUUCGAUCUUGCCCGCCUCGAAUCCUACGCGAACAAUAUGCUCGACUACCACGUCAUUCUAGACAUGAUGCCGGCCAUCGCAAUGCUUUUCUUCACGGGCCGGCUGAAACUACCGCCCUGCAAUGUCUCCCUGUCCGGCGUGCAGCAGAGCAUCCUCCUCGCCAUAGGCCUGCAGCGCAAGGAUCUAAGUGAUGUCGAGAAGGAGCUCAAUCUGCCGAGUAAUCAGCUUCUGGCCAUGUUCGUCAAGGUGGUCCGGAAAGUCAGCACGGCAUUUAGAGGGGUGAUCUCGGGUGCAGUCGAGGCCGAGUUGCCGGAGAAAAAGGACGAUGAAAUCAAUGUCGGUGCCGGUAUUGGUGCCAGUGUCAACGGCACGGCUACGGCGGCGUUGCCCAGGAUAAGCAGUCGUGUGCAAGUCCCCAUUAAUGCCAAUGUGGAUGAAGACGAUCCGGAGGAGGAGGAAGUCGAUCCGGCGAUCAAGGAGAAGCAGCGCGCUCUUAUUGAUGCGUUGCCUUUGGAUAAGUACGAGAUCGCAAAUUCCACCUCCGCCAACGCCGACGACGACGACAAAGCAUGGGAAGAAGCCGAGCGCCAAGUCCGUGAAGCCGGCGCCGAUCCUGGCAAAAGCACAAUCGUCAGUGUCAAGAGUCAAAAGAAGAAGAAGAGGAAAGCCGAAGAGGUCAAUAGCGAUGAGCAUGAGCACGAGCAUGGUGAUCGAGAUGGUGGUGUGAGUGAAAAGAAAAAGAAGAAAAGGGACAAGGACAACAGGGAUGGCGAGAAAAAGUACAGAAGUAGUAAACAAGGGGCACACGGGGACAGAGAUGCAAAGAUGCACAAGAGCAAGAAGGAUAGAUGAAGUCUAGCAACAAACAGCAAGGCUACUUUAUGUACGAGAAAUUCAUGAAUCAAGAGAAAGGCCCAAGGUCAUUUACCCAGUCUUGUCCCGUUCAUUUUACUUGUGCCCUGCCUUAGAUAUGCACUGGUAUGUCC